AUGGAAGGUAGUUUUGCCAAGGAGCUUUACUCAGAAAGUUUGCAACUUUCAAAUGCUGAAUUGGGUACUGAGCCAAUUGUGAGUGGUGACUUGCAGGAUGAUGGUGGUUCUUUAUGGGGUGGUUCUGAUGAGGAGUUAGAGAGAGAAUCUGAUUUGGACCGGGAGUGGCAGAGGAGACAUGAUCAAUUUCACACGAUUGGAUACCGUGGUGGCCUCAUAGCCGGGAAAGAAGCUUCUGCUCAAGAGGGAUUCAAUAUUGGUUUCAAGCAAUCAGUGCUUGCAGGAUACAACUGGGGUAUUGUUAGAGGUUUUACCAGUGCGCUUUCCUGCCUUCCGAAUGCAUUGAAGGAGAGGCUGAUUGAAGAACAAGAAAAAAGAAACAAAUUUCGGGGCUUGUAUGAAACAGUGCAUUCUAUUUCAACAACAGAUGCACUUAAGUUCUUUCAUGAUGAUGUAUUGAGAAAUAAAGCAGAGGAGCAAAGUGAGCAUGCUAAGGCUAGUUCUGAUGUAUCUGGAAUUAAUAAAGAUAGUUCAGGCUGCAGUCAUUUGGAAAAUUAUGUUGGGGAGCUUCAAUCACUUCUUCUGGAGUCUCCUGAAAUCAAGUCACAUUUAUCAGUAAAGUAA